AUGGAUGUGGACCAUUUGAUUGAGAGGGCUUGUAUCCAUAGAAACAUGCCUCACUCUCACAUCCACACAAUUUUAUUAACGUAAGUAGCUCGAUUUCAUUCCUAAACGUGAUUUCUCAUUGUCAGUUUGUUCUCCGAGCUUUCAUCGCGCUUUCCCCGAGAAAGAUUCGACUUGGCACUAUUCAAAAACGCAGUAUUCUCGGUUUCGGAUCGGGAUUCCCGUGCACCAAGACUGCAUCACAAGCUGCAGAGCUAUUCAGGCACUGACUUCUUUGAUGUCAACCAAACUUGGAUUGUCACAUAGUAAUGUCUAUCCCUAAGCAUAUUGCAUCUUCAUUAAUGUUGUUCAAUUUAGCGCCCAGUUGGAUGGCUUGAAACAGAGUCAUAUGGCCAUGGCUACUCUCGAAGACGCCACAAAUCUCGGAUUGGAGAUGGAAGAAGCUCGAAUUGUAGUCCUUAUUCUCUCCCCGAGCUAUGAAGCAAGACAGACUGAAAAUGUAAUAAAAAUGAAGUACUGCCUUUCAGAAACACACUAAAUCAGCGGCGGAAAUUGCGAGGACCUUUGGUACCCUUUUGAUGAAUGAUUCUCUCCGUCAGUCUGUGAAUGAUGCCGCCGACGACGAUCAGGUUAAGCACCGGCUUCAUCAGCGUGUUAUGUAUUAUUGUCGAUUUUAAGAUUCGUGACUUGCUGACAGAGUAUGCGAAACAGCUCUCAGAGCAAAUGGCGAUAAAUGUCAGCCAACUGAAUAUUGAAGACGAGAAAGAAACAAAGGUUCUCAUAACUUGCCUGUGUUCUACCACCCUUUUUCUUUACAGAGUUUUUGUCCAUAUUAUCCGUUUCGUGGUCUCAUCAAAGACUUCAAUCGUCGUUGGGCCCAUUACAAAUCAGAUUAUAUAGACGGUAAAAUAGUUUGAGCAAUUACAGUAGGCCUAUUUUUUCAUAAAGGUUUCAAAGACCGUCGGUCAAUCUCAAAAGUGAUUUCAACUGCGGUUUUUCUGAUUUUUACAAUUUUACCGACGUCGAUUGCCUAUGGAAUGCUGAACGAACAGAACACAAAUGGAGCAAUCAGUAAAAAUAACCAAUAUCAAUCAUUAUCACUUUCUGUCAUUUAUUCAGAUGUUCAAAAGGUUAUUCUUGGGCAAUGGAUUGGAAGUCUCUUCUUUGGCAUUUUUGGUGGUCAGCAACUUCUUAUUCUCUCAACUACAGCUCCGUUGAGUAUCUACAUAGCCGGUAUGUAUGCGGUCAGAACAAGUCUGUUAGUGAGUUUAUAGUGAUUUACCAAGUGGCUCAAUCAAAUGGUUGGGACUUUUUCCAAAUGUACUCCACAGUUGGCAUUUACGCAAUGGGAAUCUUGAUACUCUCAUCUAUCUUCCAACUAGCUUCGCUCAUGAAAUUCACAACUCGGUAACACUCUUCAAUCAAAAAUCCUCUGAUAUCGUUAUUUUUCAGUUCAACAGAAGAAAUAUUCUCAUUUUUUAUUUCCCUAGCUCUUGUUAUCAAAGCAAUAGUGGCUAUUGUUCAUGGUACUGUAGUUUUUUGGACAAUUUAGAAUCUUUUUUUAGUCUACACGCAUGGAUACAUCGGUUGCAUUACUGGUGUAGCUGGCGAGUUGUGUGACCCUGCGGAACCCCUUUUGUUCAUUUUCUUGAUGUUCGGUACAACUUGGCUGAGUAUGACUAUUAUCUCCUUCCGCAGUUCUCCGUAUCUUUCAAGGUUUUUGUUUUACUCAGGUUUAAACCCAAUGUCGCAUUCUUCAGAUGGAAACGUGAUUUAGUGUCCGAUUAUGCUCUUCCGAUUGCUGUUCUUGUGUUCGCAUUCAUUUCGUUCUUUGGUUUCAGUGAUGUCAAAAGUGAUCACAAAAGUAAUAAUUUUAGAAGCGAUUACAGUUAAAUUUCAGAAGAGCAAUUUCAAAUUUACCCGAGGGACACAGACGCAUUCUUCGUUUCGUUUUUCCGUCUCCCCGCAGAGGCUCAACUACCGGCCCUUGGUCUUUCCAUUCCGUUGGCCAUUUUAUUCUUCAUGGAUCAAUUACUCGUUACAAAUACUGUCGACAACAAAGAAAAUAAGUGGGGGGCCCGAAGAUUUAUAGGUCUCAUCUCUUGAAAAUAACUUCCUUGUAGACUGAAGAAAGGAUCCGCACAUCACUGGGACCUGCUGGUUGUCGGUAUUUUGAACAUCUUCCUGUCGGUUUUCGGAUUGCCGUGGAUGCACGGAGCACUUCCAUCGGCGUUUUUGCACUUGAAAGCACUUUCAGACGUUGAGGACCGACUUCACAACGGAUACAUUCAAACAGUGUAUGCAGGACACGAGGAAACACUUUUUUACUAACGUUUCAGAAUUGUUCACGUAAGGGAAACACGUUUGGCAACUUUGAUAGCUCAUAUAAUUAUGAUUCCAAUCUACUUUUUCCUUGUUCCCUACAUUACCGUAUUCAUUCCGACUUCCGUAUUUAAUGGUAAAUGAGUGGUAGUAUCUUCCUAAACAAUUUAUCGGCGAUUUAGGAGUGUUCCUAUUUAUGGCAUUCAGCAGUCUGACAGGAAACGAAUUCUGGGAGCGAAUCUUGUUGAUAUUCACAGAACAGGUACUGGACAUGACCUCAUAAUCGAAUCAUCCGAGUGUUUAGCGCGCCUAUCCACCGACCCACUAUAUUCGGCGAGUUCCGCAGAGAAUCGUUCAUCAGUUCACGAUCAUUGAAUUCGUCCAACUCGCGAUCCUGGUGGUGAUUGGUUUUGCACAAUAUCAUUACGUCGAAAUGGUCUUCCCUAUGGUUAUUGCCGCUUUUAUUCCGUUCAGGUAGCUACAAAUUCGUGGAAAAGUCUGGAAUCCGAUUUUCAGACACUUCAUCCUGCCGCUUUUUAUCCGAAAACAAUACUUGGAGGCUAUCGAUGGAAAACACUGA